AUGGCCGCCAUCGCGAUCCCUUCGGCCCAGUCGUCGUUCGCCGCCGACAACGAGGUCCCCUUCUUCCCUCUGUCGUGCUCGCCCCUCUCGCGCUCGCCCUUCGCGCACCAGCUGUCGCUCUCGCCCGGGUCGGCCCCCAAGUACUCGUCGGUGCCGCUCCCGGCCGUCCACUCGGGCCCGAUCAUCGACAACUUCCGCCAGGCGCUCGCCAACAUCGACAUGGACGACUGCGAGGCGCACGGCGAGAACGCCUUCUUCGUCGCCGACCUCGGCGAGGUGUACCGCCAGCACCAGCGGUGGAUGCGCGAGCUCGGGCAGCGCGUGCAGCCCUUCUUCGCCGUCAAGUCGAACCCGGACCCGUACGUCCUGCGCCUCAUGGCCGCGCUCGGCCUCGGCUUCGACUGCGCGUCGCAGCCCGAGAUCUCGGCCGUCCUCGCGCUGCCCGGCACCAUCAACCCGUCGCGCAUCAUCUACGCCAACCCGUGCAAGGCGGCGUCGUUCAUCCGCCACGCGGCCAAGCACGGCGUCGACACGAUGACGUUCGACAACGCCGACGAGCUCGCCAAGGUCCAGAAGUACCACCCGGGCGCCCGCAUGGUCCUGCGCAUCCUCACCGACGACUCGAGCAGCCUGUGCCGCCUCGGCCUCAAGUUCGGCGCCCCGCUCGGCGAGGCUCGCGGCCUCCUCAAGCGCGCCAAGCAGCUCGACGUCAACGUCGUCGGCAUCUCGUUCCACUGCGGCAGCGGCUGCAAGGACCCGUCGCUGUUUGGCGACGCCAUCCGCCGCGCCCGGUGGGCGUUCGACGUCGGCAAGGAGGAGGGCUUCGACUUUGACCUUCUGGACAUAGGCGGCGGGUUCGAGGACAACAACUUCGAGGAGAUUGCCGCCGUCCUGCGCGACGCCAUCGCCGUCCACUUCCCGCUCGACGCCCAGGGCCGAGGUGUCAAGGUCAUCGCCGAGCCCGGCCGGUACUACGUCUGCCGCGCGUUCGAGCUCGCGACCAACAUCAUCGCGCGCCGGGCCGCUCGCGAGGGCACCAACGACGAGGCGAGCAUGCUCGAGCUUGCCGGCGUCGAGGACGACGAGGAGAGCAAGCCGAUCACGAUGUACUACAUCAACGACGGCGUCUACUCGUCGUUCAACUCGACCAUGUUCGACCACCAGGUCGUGUUCCCGCACGUCCUCACGCUCGGCGACGAGUUCCAGCCGGCGCCCGUCGCGUCGACCCACGCCGGCGCCAUCUUUGAGCCGUGCUCGAUCUGGGGCCCGACGUGCGACUCGAUCGACUGCGUUCAGUCGGACGCGCUCCUGCCGACCAACCUCCUCGAGGUCGGCGACUGGCUCCGGUGGGACAACAUGGGCGCCUACACGAUCUGCGCGGCGAGCCAGUUCAACGGCUUCCGCCGCUCGGACGUGCGGUACACGAUCGACUCGAAGGGCGACGCCGCUCUCGAGGCCAAGAUCCGGGCUCUCCUCCAUGUCUAGAUCCCUCCUUCCUCCCGUCGCCCCCCCAAGUCCGGGCAGUCUGCACAGGGGUGCGCUGCCCACCCAAGGUUCCCCCUUCUCGUUCUCGUCCCCUCUCUCCCUCUGUCAUAUCCCCUCGUCUCGUCCUCUUGCUCGUUCUGUAUCACUGCCACAAACACGCAUUCUCGAGGCUUAGCCCACCCGCAGCCUGCCAAUGCGACCUUAAUCGAGCACCCUC